CGCACGUCUUUGCAGAACGUUUUCUUCGCGUCUGAAGAUUAACCAAGAAAGUUCGUAAAAGAAUCCAUCAAAAAUAAUCAUGAGUAAAGCCCAUCCUCCAGAGUUAAAGAAGUACAUGGAUAAGAAAUUAUCAUUGAAACUAAAUGGUGGUCGACAUGUAACGGGUGUACUCAGAGGAUAUGAUCCUUUUAUGAACCUAGUACUUGAUGAAGCUGUUGAAGAUGCUUCUGCUACUGAAAAACACAGCAUUGGAAUGGUGGUAAUAAGAGGAAACAGUAUAGUGACCAUGGAAUCCCUGGAUAGAAUAUAGAAUAUCUUGAUAACCAUGCUAUUAACAGAAAAAGCUCCAUGCAAUAAUGACAAGAUGAUACCAGAAGGAACAAGACUUGAUGAUACUUUGGGUGAAAAAUUGGACAUAUGAGAGCAAGAACUUUGUGGUGCUUAUCAUGUUUCUAUUUUCCACACAUUUUUGUUAUUACAUAUUUUGGCUUCUGUCCAUGGAUAGACCAAAUCCACUGUUUUUUUUUUUUCUAUUUCUCACCACGUCAUUCCCUAGAGUAUCAUUUCUUUGUUUAAUGAUUGUGAAUGAGACACAUGAAUAUGCAUACAACUCAAACAAAGAAUAGAAGUUUUACACCAUCACCAGAGGGCAGCCAUGUUAGAUGGCAGGAACAAUACAAUUGUUUUACAUGAAAAAGAAUUCAAUUCCCGAGAGCAAAGGGAUAUUGUUCUGCCAUCUAAUCACAGGCAGUCCAAACUAUUAUGGGUGCCAGCAUGUGAUAGUGGAAAUACUCUAUUUUAUUCUCAAGAGAAUGACACAUGGUCUGAAAUGGGAAAAUAUUAUGUGUAGAUGGAUUUGGUAUAUUUUCAUUAGUUUGAGUUGGUAAUUUUUUGAUUGAUGGAAUAUGGAAUCCAAAAAAAAAAAAGUCUUAUAAGUUAUGGAACAGCAACGCUCAAAAAUAUGUGAGCAUUGCCAUGUGACAAGUGCUACAUCAUUGCUGUUUUUACAUACAUCUUUAUUCUUACUUGAACAUUUUGUAUUGUAUAUAUAUAUUUGUAGCUUGUGUCUUAUUUGUACAUGUAAAUAAAUUAACAGUAAUAAAAUAAUAUCUUACUGG